CAUCACUCAGAUCUCUGCCUUUAUCUUCACGUGGUGUUCCUGUGUAUGCGCCCAGUUUUCCUCGUUUUAUAAGGGCACCAUAAGAAGCUAAGAAGUACAAAGGAAGAAAAAAAGAAAAAACCAAAGACACCAGUCAUAUUGGAUUAGGGACCAAUCUAUUUCAGCAAGGCCACAUCUUAACUAAUUAUAUCUCCAAAGACCCUAUUUCCAAAUAAGAUCAUCUUCUGAGCAAACCUCGCUGACAUUUCCCAUCAGUGGCUUAUCAGUCAAAAACGUAUAAAAUGAAAGCAAAAGUUAAAGAUAAGCAAGAUAAUGAAGAAAUACAUUUUGCAAUCCUGUUGAAGAGAGAAUAAGCAAAAGUGACCAAGAGAAACAGAUUCACUGAGUCUGUUGAUUGAUUUAAAGUGGAUUUAUGUUUAAGUAGAAAACCACUCCAAAUGCAUACUUUAGGAAAGAUGUCAGCUUCAAGAUUACUGAUCUCCAUCAUUAUCAUGGUGUCUGCUUCAAGUAGUUCAUGUAUGGAUGGAAAGCAGAUGACACAGAAUUAUUCAAAAAUGUCUGCAGAAGGUAACAUUUCACAGCCUGUACUGAUGGAUACAAAUGCUAUGCUUUGUUGCCCUCCUAUUGAGUUCAGAAAUUUGAUCGUAAUAGUAUGGGAAAUAAUCAUAAGAGGCCAGCCUUCCUGCACAAAAGCCUACAGGAAAGAAACAAAUGAGACCAAGGAAACCAACUGUACUGAUGAGAGAAUAACCUGGGUCUCCACACCUGAUCAGAAUUCGGACCUUCAGAUUCACCCAGUGGCCAUCACUCAUGACGGAUAUUACAGAUGCAUAAUGGCAACUCCUGAUGGGAAUUUCCAUCGUGGAUAUCACCUCCAAGUGUUAGUUACACCUGAAGUGACCCUGUUUCAAAGCAGGAAUAGAACUGCAGUAUGCAAGGCAGUUGCAGGGAAGCCAGCUGCUCAGAUCUCCUGGAUCCCAGCGGGGGAUUGUGCCCCUACUGAGCAUGAGUACUGGGGCAAUGGCACAGUGACUGUUGAGAGUAUGUGCCACUGGGGGGACCACAAUGCGUCUACCGUGACCUGCCAUGUCUCCCAUUUGACUGGCAACAAGAGUCUGUACAUAAAGUUGAAUUCAGGUCUCAGAACCUCAGGAUCUCCAGCGUUGGACUUACUGAUCAUUCUUUAUGUGAAACUCUCUCUUUUUGUGGUCAUUCUGGUCACCACAGGAUUUGUUUUCUUCCAGAGGAUAAAUUAUGUCAGACUGCAACAUUGGUAAGAUGAGUGAUGGUCCAGCAGUCAACUUGGGCCAUGGAUGAUGUUGAGGAUAGAAGCCACUCAGUAGGAUAGAAGAAAAGAAAGAUGGAAGAAGGAUCCUGGGCUUGAUGACCAUGAAGUUUCCCUAUAAACCCUCAACCACCUAUUCAUUGACUUCUUUUGUGUGAGAGUGAAUAAAAUUUUGUUCAUGCCAG